GUGCUGAGCAGGAUUGCUGGGAGUUGUAGUGCUUGCUUGUGCUCUUCCUCUGUGAUGGCUUCACCUUAGAGAAGCUGCAUAUUCGCCUGUUUUCUGGAUGGUGAAAAAGUAAAAGCUGAAAUGAAACCUCAUCAAGGUAUUUGGCUUUUUAGAAGCUUGCUAGCAACUUGUCCCUAUCACCAUCACUGCUAUGCUCCUUCUCCCCUUGUUAAAAGGGUAGGUCAGAUGAUGGAACGAUACAGUGUGAAGAACAAUUAUUUCCUGAAUACAGUUAAACCUGCUCUGCCCCAUCAUGCCUGGCCAAGGAAAUACCAUCAGGAUUCUAGAGCCGUGUGGAAGCAUGAAACUGUGCAAAAAUACCUAGAGACUGUUAUAAGAGAAUACCAACGAAUAAGCCAUGUGUUGAGCAGUGUCUCAACGAAUGAGCAUGAGCAAAGGAUCCUUAGCAGAAGACAUGCUGAUCUAGUUCCACUUGCAGCUGUUUUUCAAGAAAUACAAAAAGCAGAAAAAGAAGUUAAAGAGUUAGAAUCUAUGUGUACAGAGCUAAACAACAAAGAUGAGAAACAACUACGAAAACUUGCCUUUGAAGAGAAGAAAGUAAUUGAUCAAGAAAUCAACACUUUGUAUAAGAAGCUUUUCCAGAUUCUAGUGCCAAAGCACAAACAUGAUGAAUGUGAUGUCAUAUUAGAGCUUGUAUCUGGCAGAACAACUGGAGGUGACAUUUGCCAGAUGUUCACAAAAGAAAUAUUUGAGAUGUACCAGAAUUACGCAGAUCAUAAAUCCUGGACCUUUGAAAUUCUGAACUAUGUUCCUACUGAUAUGGGUGGGUUACAUCAUGCAGCAGCUUGCAUUUCAGGAGACAGCGUCUACAGGUAUUUGAAGUUUGAAGGUGGGACUCACAGGGUUCAGCGAAUCCCAGAGAUUGGCCUGUCAUCAAGAAUGCAGCGUAUUCACACUGGGACAGCGUCAGUUGUUGUCCUCCCUCAGUCAGAGAAGGUAGAGGUUAAAGUGAACCCAAAAGAUUUGCGUAUAGAUACAUUCAGGGCCAAAGGAGCAGGAGGGCAACAUGUUAACAAAACGGAUAGUGCUGUGAGGAUUGUGCACCUUCCUACGGGAGUAACAGUAGAGUGCCAGCAGGAGCGAUCACAGCAAUUGAAUAAGGAAAAAGCUCUGCAGACACUGAGUGCUAAACUGUACCAGCAGAUCAUUGAGAGGGAUCGAAGCCAAAUGCAGAAUACCAGAAAACUACAGGAUUUUAAAACUCAAGAAAUAAUACAAGUUGUCAUUGCACAGUUGGAAACAAGAAGCCAGUCGGAGAGAAUUCGUACCUAUAACUUCAUACAGGAUAGAGUCACUGACCACAGGAUCUCAUAUCAAGUCCGAAAUAUAAAGGAAUUUCUGCUUGGUGAAGAGGCCCUGGAUGAACUAAUCAGCAGGUUGUUGGAGUCUGCAGAGAUGGAGGCACUGAUUAAACAUGUAGAAAAUUUUAAAUCUUUUGAAGAAGGAGGUUAAUGUGGAUGUUGCAUUAAAAUUCUGAUUGUAAUUGUGUAGUUAAAUAAAAUUGAGGCAUUUUUUUAGACAUCAAGAAUUGAAAAAAAAUCUGUGCUAUUCUUUCCUGUAUUCUUCUGUGAUCAUGUGACAGGAUUUUUGUUAAACCGUGUGUGGCUUUUAGAAUUACUGGCCCACCCUGGCAUGUCAAAUUUUAAGUCUUUUUUUUGUUUGUUUUUUGGACAUUGCCCAUCUAUCAGCCUGUACUUCUCAAUAUAGACACGGCACCAGCAGUACAGGCUUUCCUGUUUUCCCAUCAAUGUACCUUAAAUCUUGAUGUGAGAAACAGGAAGAGAGCACUCAUUUCUAUGUCCAUGGCCCCUUUCUGAGUUAGCAUUUAGGUGGGGAACAAAUGCAGCCUGCAGGAACUGGUCUGAGAUUGCUAAUGGUCAUCAGAUGGUAACAACUUCCAGUCACUGGAGCUGGAUUAGUUUGGAACUGGUCGUCUAGGUGUUCUGUUUCAUCAGUUCCCUUAAAUUUAUUUUGUAACAAAGCCCACUACUAAACCAUUCACUCCUGCCUUAGAACUCAUAGCAGGAGCUAAGAAUGGAAAUGUAUGUGUAGAUACAGUUGCAGAGAUCUCCCUCAGAAAAGGCUGCUUCCUGAGCUUGGAAGAUCCCCAGGGGGGAUCAGUGCAGAUCUCAGUACAGAUGAGAAAGGGGUUUCUCAUUACUUUGCACAUCUCAGUACAGAUCUACCCCAAAGUUGGUGCAAAAAAGUACACAAGUUGCCUUGGGGUAGAUCUGCACUGCAUACUGAAUCAAGGUCUAACUGUUGAUAUAGGUGUUCCCCACUCAUCCUUCCAUUCCCAAAAUGAGGUAUUGUAGUAAAAAGAUGUUAGCCCCCAUAAUUUUGCAGUAAUGCUUGAGCAACAACCAUAUGAUAGAAGUGUCUUAUGACCAUCUUAUGACCCUUUUGUGUAAAGAUCAGGAGGUCUAAUGUCCAAGCUGUGGUUCUUACUGCUUGCCUUGCAUUUUGAAAUCAUCUCUGUCCAGUGCCUUAAGGUUACGUUAAGAUAAGAAGUUACUAAAGUUUAACUAACUUUGUUGAAAUUGCUCUUUUCUUCUGAGCAUGCUGCAAUUCUACCUUUGAGUGCGCACGUACUAACCCUGAUAAGUCACAUUAACCAAUAACUAGUUAAGUACAGCCUACAAGAUAAGACGUCACAAUUAGGAACUGGUACUGCAGCCAAUAAACUUCUAGUACGUCAAGACUCUGUUGAAUGUAAGCUAUAAAAAUGUGAUUCCAGGCCGGACUCAUCGUCGGCCCUGAUUUGAGCUCUCUGCUCCUCGGUCGAACUGUUUGCAAACAAUAAACCUAGAUGGACCCAG